GGCCGCGAAGCAGAGCUGGCUGCAGAGCCUUGCGCGCGCGGUGGGGAUGGAACGUUGCUAGACUUAGCGGGUCUAGCUGCUGGGGGCCCGAGCAGCACGCUCGGAGCCGCCGCGCGCCAAAGCGGGAAUCCGGGAGGCGAGCAGCUCUGCAAUUAAUGCAAGUAUUUUAAACUCCCGAGCCUGCGGACGCUAUGCACAGGAAGCACCUCCAGGAGAUUCCAGACCUGAGUAGCAACGUUGCCACCAGCUUCACGUGGGGAUGGGAUUCCAGCAAGACUUCUGAACUGCUGUCAGGCAUGGGGGUCUCCGCCCUGGAGAAAGAGGAGCCCGACAGUGAGAACAUCCCCCAGGAACUGCUCUCAAACCUGGGCCACCCGGAGAGCCCCCCACGGAAACGGCUGAAGAGCAAAGGGAGUGACAAAGACUUUGUGAUUGUCCGCAGGCCUAAGCUAAAUCGAGAGAACUUUCCAGGUGUUUCAUGGGACUCCCUUCCGGAUGAGCUGCUCUUGGGAAUCUUUUCCUGUCUGUGCCUCCCUGAGCUGCUAAAGGUCUCUGGUGUUUGUAAGAGGUGGUAUCGCCUAGCGUCUGAUGAGUCUCUAUGGCAGACCUUAGACCUCACAGGUAAAAAUCUGCACCCGGAUGUGACUGGUCGGUUGCUGUCUCAAGGGGUGAUUGCCUUCCGCUGCCCACGAUCAUUUAUGGACCAACCAUUGGCUGAACAUUUCAGCCCUUUUCGUGUACAGCACAUGGACCUGUCGAACUCGGUUAUAGAAGUGUCCACCCUUCACGGCAUACUGUCUCAGUGUUCCAAGUUGCAGAAUCUAAGCCUGGAAGGCCUGCGGCUUUCGGAUCCCAUUGUGAAUAAUCUUGCACAAAACUCAAAUUUAGUGCGACUUAACCUUUCUGGGUGUUCUGGAUUCUCUGAAUUUGCCCUGCAGACUUUGCUAAGCAGCUGUUCCAGGAGGUUCGUAAAGUGAAUGAAAGCAUCAAGUAUAAUCACCCAUUGAGAAAAUGUGUUGAUACAAUACUUAAAAAGUGCCCUACAGAGUAUCAGGAAAAAAUGGGUAGGAACAUGGAUGAUUAUGAAGAUUUUGAUGAAAAGCAUAAUAUCUAUCCAAGUGAAAAAAGUCUGGUAAAACUGCAUAAACAGGUGAUUUAUUCAGUUCAGAGACACCGUCGAACUCAAGUACAAUGGCAGAUUCUUUUGGAACAAGCAUUUUAUCUAGAAGAUGUAGCAAAAAAUGAAACUAGUGCUACUCAUCAAUUUGUUCACAUCUUUCAAUCUCCAGAGCCAGUAAAUUGAUUUAUCCAA